ACCCCUCCGCCCAGUCAAAAGUUACCAAUCUGGACACCUCUAAAGUCAUAAAACGCCUUUGAACCCAUUCAAAUAUUUACGCACCUGUCGAUAUCGGUCAAGUUUAUCGCAUAGAAUGAUGUCUAGGAUUUCGAAUUUAACUAACAGCUACAUACGACCAUCCAGCUCACAAAAAGAAGAGAGAGUAGUCAGUCAAGGAGAAAUCGCUCGGGGAGGAAGCUCUUAUGAGAGAGUCACUCAAGAAAGAGUCCCUCGUAAAGACGCUCAAGUGGUCCCCCAAAGAGACGCUCUACAAGGAGGAGCCGCCCACAAAGACGCAGCUCAUGGAGCUCCUCACAGAGAUGCGGCUCAAAAAGGAGUCAUUUACAGAGAUCCCAAUCAAGGAGUUAGUCACAAGGAUGUCACUCGUGGAGAGAGUACACCCGGUACAAGCACUCAUACAACCCCCAACCGUGCUAUCCAUCCAGAUAAACCAUUUUCUGAAGGGGAACAUGGUUCAGUAACCUCACCCUUUCCCCUCCAGCAUUCUCUACAAAGCUCUCCCGCCAUCGCCAACGUGCUCAUCUUCGGUGAAUCGGGAACAGGAAAGAGCUCGAUCUUGAACAUGAUCGCCGGAUCGGACAUCGCUGUCACAUCUAACAGCGCACUGGGCUGUACCUUCGAGAGCGUUGGAUACACUGUCAACAUCAAUGGCUCCCCAUACAGGCUCUGGGACACUGCCGGGUUGAAUGAAGGAGAACAGGGUAGCGUCCCUGCAGAACAAGCAAUUAGAAAUCUACAAGACCUCGUGCAGAACAUGAAAGAAGGCGUGUCUCUACUUGUGUAUUGCGUUUCUGGAGGCCGUUUCAAAACCAUCUUGAAGAUCAACUAUGACCUGUUCUAUGCCAUCAUCUGCCAGGCAAAAGUUCCAAUCGUGGUCGUGGUGACUGGACUGGAAAAUGAGGACCCUAUGGAGUCGUGGUGGGUAGAGAACGGGGCUGAGUUCAACAGGCGACAGAUGGAGUUUGCUGGUCACGCCUGUGUGACUAUAACUAGGGGAAGAGCGAUGAGAGAUGGAGGAUACAUAUUCGACAAGGAAUUCGAGGAAUCCAAGAUAGCCAUGCGAGAACUGAUUCAACGUUGUUGCUCCCCUACAGCAUGGAAAGUCGACGGGCGACUCUGGUUGGGAGAGAUAACCAAUCAGCUGGCGACCUACAAUGAAGUGAGGGAGAAAGGAACUGCUGUGUCUAGGACGAAGGAGUCACCUAAUACCACUGCUGUAUACGGUUUUUUGAAAACCGUCUUGAAUGUGUUGGGAUGGCUAACAGCACCAACACGAGCUGAAGAAAGCAGACAAACGCGUUAGUAUACGCACUUGUAUGGCAGGCCUGUAAAAAAAACUGGCUUAAUUUAGCAAUGUAGAUAGAUGCGCAGAUGAUGAUAGGAAACAUGCACGAUUGCCUUGACGUAGUGCCACAGAUUACGACGAGAUGAUCCAAGUAACAAAACUUUUUUUGCUACUGAGGAAACGGGGGCGUUUCAUUCAGGAGCACCAUAUGGUCAACUAUGCAUAACAUGUUUUUCUA